CCGGGCGCAGGGGGGAUCCGGCCGAGCCGAGCCGAGCCGCGCCGAGCCUGGCGGCUCCGCCACGGCCCGUCCUCCGGCCCCGCUCCCGAAAUGCCGUUCUCGUGAGUGUGCAAGGAGCCUACAGGACUGUAAUGUCUAACCCUACAUGGAAUAACAGCUCUUGGAAGUUUUUCGGGCUGUACCCGACUCUGUGCAAAACUGAAAUCGGCUGCAGCUCCUUCUGCUAAGGAUCAGCCUUGGUACAGAAACAGUGGUAGUUGAAAGGCAGUAAGUAUAUCUGCUAGCUUAAAUGCUGGGGUUUUUUAUUUUUUUCUCUUUUUUUUUAAUUCACAAACACAGCUUUUUACUCCUCACACAGUAGGAAUUUGUCAGGAACUUGCUGGCAUUAAUAGACUAUUUCAGCUCUUUUCUAUAGCCCAGCAGCUACAGAGGGGGGAAAAAGCAUGCUUUGUAUGGAGCUGUGGUUGGGUCUGUGCUGCAGUGCCCAUCUGAACUUGACUGUGUCUAUUUUGUCAGCUUUUGCUUCCCUCUAGUAGUUGCUGGUCCCUUCCUAAACUCACAAAAUCCCACCUGUGCUUGGAUCAGGGCUCUGGCUGCUCCUGACCUGAACCACUUCUCUUGAUGGAUUUACUUCUCAAGCUCUUCACUGCAAACAAGAUCCCUUUGGAUUUUAAUGCUUUGUCUGGCCUUUUAUCUUUUACUUCUCAGUUGAUCUUCAGGGGAGUGGGACUAGGACAAAACAUGUGGUAUUCUUAACCAGGGAUCCAUGGAGAGGGUUUCAGCUGUUGGAAAAGUGAGUGGCAUUCUUGAAGUGGUGUGGUUGCAUUUAUUUGGGUGUGGAUGUAAUCAUGUUUCUGUGAUACAGUUCCUGCUGAGUUUGAAAUGCUAGUGUUAGUAAAGCCAAAAGGAGAGCCAGACAAAAGCUUGGAGAAAAGUCAGAAUUUCAGUGCCUCUUAGUGAUGGUUCAUGGGAACGUAACGAUUGUGUGUUUGAUUUUCCUAAAGCACCGGGCAUAUGCUUUUUCUUCUCUGUGAAUUACUGUUUGUGAAUAUAUAUCUUUACAGCAUGAGAACAUCAGAAACAGCUGGUUUUGUGCCUAGGUUUCACUCCUAGAGGUAGGUCCUUGUUAGAGACUUUGGCUAGUCUGAUGAAAAUGGUGUUUAACUACAAAACUCCAAUUUCUGCUCUUGCUGAUCAUGCCAGUCUAAUUCCUGGUCUUCCUGAAUCCCUGGAGCUGAGGACAUGCUCUCCUCCUCCUGCUCUGCCACUGCCCUGCUUCCAUCUCCUUCACCCCACACAUUUCUUAGCCUUGUGUAGAGCUCAGCAGAGAUUUCUUCAUGAAGACUGGAAUGUGUUUAUAUAAUAUUUUAUAUAUUAUUUUAGGCUCCUGCUACUCAAAUGUAGGCAAACGCUUAACCUCUUAUUCGCCAUCAUUACACAAACCAUGGAAUUGCUGUAGCAGACAUCAAGUCAGGUGGAUCUAAACCAGCUUCUGUUUUUUCCUGCCUGGAAGGUUCAUCCUUCAUCAUUUUCCUGGCAAGUGUGGCUACCAAGAGCAGCUUUUCCAGGCCAGGAAUGUUUAGUGGGAGCAUUGUCAACCACACUGGUCAAGCAGUGCUGAGCUGGGCAUAGUGGGGGCUCUUCUGUGUUUGGAAGGGGGUGAUGUGAGAGGCUCAAUCUCUGCAAAAGCAGGGGUAGGGCAGCAGUAGGAGCACUGAAAAAGGGAGAGCAACCUGCUGCAGUAAAUCACAGCUCCUUGGGGACACAGUUCCAUAGUUAGCAUCCUCAAAUGGCAUUCCUUUAUUACGGCAUCAUUGUGCACGGUCCUCUAGAGAGGAAGCAAACAGUCUCUAAAACAAUCUGCUGGCAGCUCAGGCUGGAGUAUUUGAGGUUUUCCAGGGCUCUUUUGCUGUGUCACUCUUCCCUUUAAUGUUCCAGCUUGAAGGUUGUUGUUCUUUCUCCAUCAAAGUGCGUUAGAGCGCCGGUAAGAGUGUCUGCUUCAAGGACAAGGUGGAGAAGGCAGCAGCCCAGGGAGAGAGAACAAGAGAUAGUGCAGAACAGCUUUGUUUUGGUCUAAUCUGUCUUAUCUGCGUGUGAUGCAAAGACAGGGCAGUUUUCACAAGACCUGGAGGCUGCGUGGUGACAUGUUUUCUGUCCUUUUAUAAAAUCCACCACGUUAUUUUGAUUAGAGCGCUAACGUAACUCCUGGCAGCCUCAAAUCUCACUGCUAGCAGCUACUUCCCUCCAAACCCUGGUGUGGUGCUAACAAGCAGAGAGAUCUUGUGCGUCCUGUUUACAUGGAGCUGGGAAGACAGCGUGUUCCGUGGGAGGUGCCAAGGUAGCGCUGCAGUUGGAUAAAAGGUGUCAGAGACGCGGUGAAGCCGAGUGUGGGGCGGGCAGAGCUGAUGGGGCAGCCUGGGGCGUAGCCCAGCAUGGACUGGCUGUGACGACGUGCCUUAGCUGGAGAGAGGUCGUUACCAUGAAGAGUUCCUGCAGAGCUGGCCUCCACAGGGAACCACUGAAUUCCACAUCCUCCACCUUCCAUCAAGUCAAACGGGUUUCUGGUAUGCACUUAAAGCCAUAUCUCAAGUUACAGAAGAAAGAGCGAUCCCCAGAAAUAAGCCAGGAUUCCCUGCGAGGCCACCAGGGACCAACACAAGGAGAAAAAUACACCAACUGCAGCAAACUGAGCGUUUUCCCAAAACCCUCCCUCGUGACUCCAUCUCAAAAGCUCCUGGGGAUUAUUUAUCCAAAUACUAUGUGCAAUAUGAACGGGAAAGGCCCAGCGGACGGCCCAAGUGCAAGGGAAAAGAAGAACCUGGCCCUGUCUGCCACGAUCCACCAGGGAGAAGAAGGGGAAGGGCCUCUGGAUGUCUGGGCCGUGGUGAAACCUGGCAACACCAAGGAGAAAAUCGCCUUCUUCGCCGCCCAGCAGUGCGGCGGCAACACCCGCACGGGCUCCAUGAAAAUCAAGAGCACGUGGGACAUCGACGGGAGAACGGCCAAACGCAGGAAAAAAUCGGUGGAUCUUAAAAAAGCCAAAAUCCAGCUGGAAAGAAUGAGGGAGGCGAACGCCAGGUGCUCCCAGCCGGAGCCUUUCGCCUGCGGCAUCGAGCACUGCUCGGUGCACUUGGGCGGCGACGGCGGGGACGGCGCGUUCCCGGGCCGCUCGCUGUCGGUCAUCGAGAUGGUGGCUUUCCUGGAGCAGCGGGCCAGCGCCCUGCUGGUGGACUGUGCCAAGCCCUGCGCCGCCUCCUCCGCCACCAGGCUGAGCGCCCAGCCCAAGGCCGCCCUGCCCAGCUCAGACCCCUUCUCCUCCGAGGGGCAGGCGGAGCGGGGUGAACCCCAGGGCGAGCCCGUGCGGGUGCUGGACAUGGUGGCCAAGCUGGAGUCCGAGUGCCUGCGGAGGCAGAGCGAGCGCGAGGCCGGGAGCCUGUCCCGCAACAACAGCUUCCGCAGGAACGUGGGCAGGGUGCUCCUGGCCAGCGGCACCCAGCCCGAGGCGGAGCUGGGCAAGGGGGGCCCGGCUCAGGGGGACGGCCUGGGGGAGGCAGGGGUGGCACAGGCUGGGUUUGCAGGUCGCUGUGGCCCUCUGGGUGACACCGAGCUCUGGGAUGGCGGCGCCUCCGCCCAGCAGCCGUUCCCUUCGGGGCUGGAUACCCGCGUGGGGAAUGUGAAUUCGGGACUUGCCCACGCGGUGUUGGCCAUGACAGCUGGCAGGAAUGACACUGAAACGCGGAUUGAGCCUCCCAGGGCUCUGCUGGCCCCGUGUCCAGCUGCUGCCAGGCUGCCACCGGACCCCUUGCAGAGCAAGAACGCGACUGUUGAUUGUACGUCGAAAGAGCCUGUGAUUUUCCCAAAGCAUCCCGCUAGGAAGGAGCCUUUGUGCAUCAGUAUAUCAGUCACCAAGACAGAGGAAGGGUGCAGGAAGGAGAAGCUCUCCAGCUCUGGUGAGGAUUCACUCCCUGGGAGGCUGUUUUUCCUCCAGGGUGAGCAGCCUGCUGCUCAGGAGCAACAGCCAGGGCGGGAGAGUCCCCAGGAGAAGCCAGGGGCAGUAGCCCAAAGCGAGGAUGAGGAUGGUAGAUCGUGUGUCAGAAGCAGUGUCCCUACAGAGCCAUCGGCCCCUUCUGUCCCUCCCACAGAAGGGGCUUUGCAAGUACUUGAUCCUUCCUGCCUGAAGCGGCAGGUUUCACAUGACUUUCUGGAGACCAGGUUUAAAAUCCAGCAGCUUUUGGAGCCUCAGCAGUACAUGGCCUUCUUGCCUCACCACAUCAUCGUGAAGAUCUUCGGAUUGCUUCCCACCAGGAGCCUGGUUGCCCUAAAAUGCACUUGCUACUACUUCAAGUUCAUCAUUGAGUACUACAACAUCAGGCCGGCGGACUCGCGCUGGGUGCGCGACCCUCGCUACCGGGAAGACCCCUGCAAGCAGUGCAAGAAGAAAUACGUGAAGGGGGACGUGUCCCUGUGCAGGUGGCACCCCAAGCCCUACUGCCAGGCUCUGCCCUACGGGCCUGGCUACUGGAUGUGCUGCCACCGCUCCCAGAAGGGCAUCCCAGGCUGUAAGUUGGGUCUCCAUGACAAUCACUGGGUCCCUGCCUGCCACAGCUUUAACCGCGCAAUCCACAAGAAAACCCGAGGAGCGGGAGCGGAGGUGGAAGAGGAAUAUUAGUGCACAAACACUUUCCUGUGAGAUUGUUUGGGCUAGGAGGAGGAGGAGGAGGAGAUUCUCAUGCCUUGUGCUGUUUACAGUGUAUAUAAUUGUGAUUUUUUUUUUUUUUUCCCCCCACAGGGCUAUGAAACUGCACAUACUCAAACACAAGAGCCUUUACCUUUUAGAUUAAAAGAGAGCUUUUAGUCCAUCUCUGUAAAUAACACUAUAAAAACUAAUUGUACAUACAGAGUCUACAGCUGGCUGAACAAGGUAACCCCUACAAUGCAGCUAUCCCAGUGUUGCGGCUAUAGGUGUGUGUGUUUUUAAGUGUCUUGUUUCAAAAUCUGUAUAUCCUGUAUAAUAUAUGAAUGUUUCUGAGAAGAAACUCUAAAUAGGUAAAGGUAAACUUGUUUAAAGAAGCUGCAGACAACUUAACUGGACAACCUGAAACUUUAGGCUAUAGAACAAAUCCAUUAUAGUAGUGUGGCAGUGGAUUAAAAAAAAAAAAAAAAGAAGAGAGAGAGGAAUAUUAUUGUAUAGUCAGAAUAUAAAAAAGUUCUUGUCUACCUUACCCAUGUUGUCUGGUUGGGGUUUUUUUUUUACAUAAAUAAAAUGUGCAUUCUAGAUCUGCCUUACCAGACUUCCUCUUGUAAGACUCUUGCCCCAAAAUAAAAAUGCUGUAAAACACGUGGCAGAAACUUGGUGCUGUGCUGUAGUUCAGACGUGCAAUGUGCUUUCCCUAGCAAACCUGUCCUGCUACUAACAAAGAAACAACCCCCUCCACUCUCUAGUACUUGGAGAACUCCUUCCUCUAACAUUCAGAUUCCAGCUUUUCUUUUCCUUCCUGCCAGCCCUGCGUGCAGCAGAGGCUCCUUUCAUCAGGAAUUCUGGUGCUAGGUGUGUAAAGCUUGCAAGAACCAGGCACCUUCAGGUCCCUCCUGCUCCUUGGCUCUGUGCUGGACUCGAAGCUUUCCUCUCUGCUCUCUAUGGAAUUUUUCCCUUGCAAGAAGAAUCCUUGCAGUGCUCUGCUGUCUCUGCUGCCUCUCCUCCCAGUGCUGUGGCUCGGUGCUUCCCAGGGGAAUUGCAGAGGUUUGUGUUGGAUGAACGGCGAUUCCUCACACUCAGAACAGGAGCAGAGCAUCCCUGGAUCCAUCCCUGUCCUGCCAUGCUGUGAGCCAGACCUCAGCCUCCUCUUACACCCCCUCACAAGGGGUGGAGGGUUUGGAAGCCUGGGCAUGGCCCCUGGCCGGUCCUGCAGCCACAUCCAGGCAGCAGCAGCCGCUCUCCAGGGAGCCCAGCAGAGCCCGGCAGCCGUGCCUUUGCCCUGGCCUCGUCCCUUCUCUCCUUCCCUUGCUGCUCUUGCUGCUCCUCUGCCCCUUCUCAGAGCAUGGAUGGACUCCUGGCUCUCACCAUUCCAGCUGGAGCAGCCAAAAUCUCUGACCUGGUGCAAGAAGAGCUGGUGCCACCUUGCCAUGGGCUCAGCUCAGGCUCUCCCCUGCCCUGCAAGCCCCAAGGAGCUGCUGGAAAGGGCAGGGAUGGGUGACCCUGCACCUGCCUCAUCCUCUUCUCUGUCCUUUGGUGCUGGAGCAGCAAGGUGUGGAAAACUGCUGGCUGUGGGGGCCAGGCUGAGCCACCUGCCCUGGGCUCAGGGAGUGACUUGCCUGAUUUUGAAGCAUCAGGAGAAGAGGGUUUGAAGGUGGAAUCUUUUGUUCUUUCCUUUAAGAGUGGGAGAAGGAAAAUCGAGCCCUGGCAACCUGGAAUGUGGGUUUGGUGAGCUCAGGCUUUUCAGGGAGGUUUAAAGGAUGUGCUGGUUUUAUAUUUUGCCUUCACCUGCUCCUGCCACCCCUCCCGGAGCUGCUCAGCCUCCCUGCACUGCAGACAUGAUGACAACCAGGAGGAAUGAAAUUAGGAAUCUAAAAGAAGGGUGUGGCCGCCCUGUAAUCGGCUGGGAAGAGGGAGAGGAAAAGCAGGAUCCCUCCUUUAGUCCCUGACUUCAUCCUCUAACGGGGUGCAGGCUUCACCCAAACUUCAUCUGCUCCCUCAGCUGCACCUGGACCAGCAGCAGAACAACCUCCAGGUUGUUGUUUUGCCAAAGCCAUUGGCAUCAAAGCCUUCAGCUUAUUGUUGAUUAGGGGGAAAGGGAAAGAAGCUUUCCUGCCCCCCCAGCCAAGACUGGAAAACUUGAGGCUGACAGCAGCAAGGAAAGUCCCUGCAAGGCUGGAAUGGAGUGGCAGAGGAAAAUAUUUUGUCAUUAGAUAAGGGGCCAGUGAGGUCAUUUUAUUUGGAACAGGGUCUGAGAUUUUGGUCACUUUUGUUGAACAAGGGGAAAAAUGAGGAUAAAAAAAAAAAUAUCAUGAGGCUAUUUUGUUCUUGGAGCAGGUAAAUCCAGAGGACAACUUGCUGUCUCCCCUGCCCCAUCUCUGCCCUCCCAGGCUGGCUGGGCAGUGUGGGCUGGUUUAUCAUCAUUUAUUACAUUGUCUGCCAGAACUGUGCCUCCUGCACAGCAUUGCUGUUAAAAAUUGUUUCACAGAGCAAGCUUUUGCAUCCAGGAGUGGGUUGGUUCUGAGUGUUGCCAUGCUGAGCUGCCUGCAGGCUUUUUUUUUUUCCUCCUGUAACGUUGUAAAAUGCAGAUUUCUGUUUCCUUAAGGGAUGAUUCAGGGAGAAGCCAAGGUCUGAUGAAUGUUAGGGUUUUGGUUUUUUUUUUUCCCUAAGAAGCAAUUAAAAAAAAUAAUUAAAAUCCAGUGUUGGAUUUACAAA